AUGCCUCAAAGUUGUUUUGAUGUGCCGAAUGUCUUAGGCUUCAUGUCACAACUCAUUUCAACAUUCUUAUUCUGGUUGUUCUCUCAAUGGAUUCUACUCUCGUUGAAGAAAUCAUCUCGGGUAAUUCCCGAAGAACCUAUAAUAUUGACGAUGCUCUUUGUUCCGAUGCUCUUUGUUCCAGCUACGCUCCUACGGUGUCAGCAAUCACAAACUAGUUUUGUGCACAGUCUGAUUUGGUUUACGGAUUCAACAAAAGGUUUCGUGUCUUAUCGGAGAGAAUUUGAUCUUUGUGUUAGAGCUUCAAAUCAUAGCUUAGCCGACUUUUAG